CAAAUCAUAUUAUAAUAUAAAUAAAAAUAUUAAUGAAACAAUUUGCGCGCACGUGAUGAGAAUAUAGUUUGAAUAACUAGAUGAAUGUUAAUAUAUUACAAUUGGCAUUGUAUAUAUAGCUUGAUAUUAUCCAUAUUAAGCUGAUAUGAAAAUAUGAAAUAAUUACUUGAUUUUGUAGAUAUAGUACUUAUAUGCACGCAAUAUAUAUGAAAAUAAUCGAUGAUGCAAAAUAUCUUCUUCCAUCUGAUACCAUAUUGAUUUUUCAGUUAUUUAUUUGAUUACCACCUCCGCAAAUCUAUUAUGAAUCUGUUACCUGUAUUAUAACAUGGAUGCGGUUCGUUUGUAAGGAAAAUGUAAUUGUUGUAUAUUAAGUUUUUAAACAAUGGACAUACAUAUAUUUGCAGAUAUGUUAAAAAACUGAUAUACUUUAUACAGAGCAUGAAAGUUUGCAACUAAUAUUUGUAAUUAUGUAAAAAUGUAAACUAACCAACGUUUAUCUGAAAUGGCGCCGCCAAAAGAAAAGUGGAUUAGACGAUUUGUUAUAUCAGAAACAAGCCGUCAUACAAAAGAUUUCACUAUUUAUAAAGUUACUUCACUGAUGUUUUUAAAGAGAUCGCCUGAUAUUAUUUCUAAAGUCUCCAUUUGGAAACGUUACAGUGAAUUUAAAAAGCUUCAUAGCACUUUACAAGUAUUGCAUUCAACUUUGCAAAUUAAGGAACCUUUUCCACUUUUCCCCAAGCCAAAGUUUUUUGGAAGAUUUGAAACUGAAGUAAUUGAAGAAAGAAAAGAGUGUGCUUUAAAGCUUUUAGAAUUCAUUGGACGUUAUAAUGCAUUAUAUACUAGUGAUGUUUUUGUCAAAUUUUUUGAAAAUGAUCGUUUAAAUAAACAGUCUGUUGAUUGUUCCUAUUCUUUAAGUUCGGACACUUCAGAAGAUGAUAAAACCACAAAUUAUGAUACUAUAGAAAACACAUUUUCUUCUACAACAGAUCUUCCUAAAUUUGUGUGUACUAAAAAGAUGAUACCAAUUGUAGUUAAAAAUAAAAUUGAUAUUCAAGCAAAUAACAUAAACAGUAAAUCAAUUAAUAGAAAAUCAACAGUAAUUACAAAUAAAUAUGAACAAAAUAAAAUAAGUUGUAAUAUUAAUAAUACCAAAAAUAAUUUAAGUGAUAUUGCUGAUGAAUCAUCGACAUUGAUUUGUAAAGAAAAUGAUUUAAAAAAUGGGAUUAAUAAUUUUUCUGUAAUAAUUCAUGAUGGCUCUGAUUUAACACAUACUAUUGAAAAAGAUGCACAGUAUAUUUUAAUUGCAGCUGCACACAUGAGUGCUGCUUUUCGUCAUGAAGCAAUUGCUGAAUACGAAGAAGCUUUUACUCAGUAUAAACUUGGUAUUUCACAUCUUAUCAAUGGAAUUCAAACUGAAGUAGAUCAAGGAAAAAAGACAAAAAUUCAACACAAAAUAACAAAGUACUUGCACAGAGCAGAAAAACUGUACAACAGACAUUUAAAUUGCAAUAUUUCAGUAUUACUUAAACCUGUUACAGAGUUACGUAAUUAUAAAGUUAUUGACCUUAAGGAGUCAAUGAUGGUAGUUAAAGAUAUACUGCAAGGAUUUAAAAGAGUUAUAAAGACUGUAGAAAAAGUAGAUGGUUCUCAAAAAAAUAAUAGCUAUAUUUUACGAGGAAAAGUACCUUACAUGGUUCAGUUAUAUUCAUGCGUACAAACAGAUUCUACAGUUUUUUUAAUUUUACAGUAUAUGCGUAAUGGAAAACUGUGGGACUUUAUUAAAAGUAAUUAUAAACCAGAUGAAAGGAAAUAUAGUUUUCAAAAAAGAAAGCAUUCAAGAUCUUUUAGUUGUAAUGCAAUAAUUCAAAAUAAUUUGCUAGCAUGUACUCAAGAGAAACACCCAGAAACACAAUUUAUUAACAAAGAAAAGAAUUCUUUAAUACCUAUAAAAAAUGAUAUUGUAUCUGGAGAUACGAAAGAAUUAGUUGAAAAUGCCCAAAAAUUAUUAGAAUCUGUUAAUGCCACUUUAAAGCGCAGUAAUUCUAUUGCUGGCAAGCUGAAUGAAUCAGAAAGUUUUUUAUAUAAUAAACAACAUGCAAAUAAUAAAAUAAGUAAUGGUAUUUUUGAUUGGAAAAAUAAUUCAGAACAAAAUAUCUUGUGUACAGAAGAGAAUGUUGGCAAACAAAAAAUAGAUCUUACUGGAUUAUUUGUAAAUGAUAACUGUAAAGAGUUUAAUAAUGAUAAAUGUGAACAAGUAUAUACAAAAAAUAAAAAUAUAUCAAAACAUAAUAUUAAAACAUUAAAAAUCGGAAAUGUUAUACAGUUAACGAAUGCAAGUUUAGUUAAUAUACCUAUUACUGAAAAAAGUUGGAAUAAAAUGUCUUUUAACAUUUUUGAAAAUCGAUCUCAAUUAAAAAAAGGAGACAAUUAUUCUAUAGAAAUAGAAAAACAAAUGUGGAUAAUUUCAGAAUCAGAUGUAAAAAUUUGGGCUGCAGAAAUCCUUUUGACACUGGAGGCUCUUCAUCAGCAAGAUGUUAUCAUAUCAAAUCUACGACCAGAUAAUAUUUUGAUAGACGACUAUGGAAAUGUUAGCAUGACAUAUAUUGUACCUCAUAGAAAUAUUGAAUUAUUGAACUUAAAAAAGCCCUAUUCUUCACCUGAAUUAUGUAUGUUUACACCACCCAUCUCAAUAUCUACAUCGGCUGAUGUUUGGAGUUUCGGAGUUCUUUUAUAUGAAUUAUUAACUGGAUAUGAUUUUCAGAUGAAACAUCCAGGUCAAUUUCAUUCACAUUCCUUAGUGAACAUUCCAAAUAAUUUAUCAGACCAUGCAAAGUCUCUUCUAUUUAAUAUACUAAAAUAUAAACCUAGUGAUCGUUUGACGAUUCCAGAGAUAAAACAACAUUCUUUUUUUAUCGGAAUAGUUUGGUUGGAACUUCUUAAUGCUCAAAUUUGAGAAAUGUAUUUUUUUAAUUUUUUUAUUAAACUUUAUGUUAUGAAAAAUUUGCUGUUUAGGUAUUGA